AUGUACAUGUUUCUUUUGAAGCUGGGAUGUAUACGCAGCCUUCUCCUUAGCCUAGGGCCCCAGCCACAGACCCCUGGCCACAGCUUCCAAUCAACACAGCAUUCUGCAUCAUUCAUCAGCCAGCCGCCAAGGCAGGUAUCCGGGCGCAGCCCAGAACAUAGCUUACACCAGUUCCCCUCCCCAUUGCUGUUCACUUGUUCCCAUUUCUAUACACCUAUAACGCCGAACAUCCUAACCACAGACACGGGCUUCGCGACGCUUGCCUGGCUGUUUGGCCGCAACGGUUCGACGCCUCUUAGUAGCGCAUAA